CCAGUAUAUACCAGUAUAUACGGAGCGCAUCUCAGCGAGUGGAUUUUGAUAUCUUGCGGAGAUUUGGAAGGAUACUCAGGCUGGCUCGCGGCGGUUUUCGUUAAGGAUGAGUUCCGGCAUUGUGAUCGAGCACGCACGACCACACGAAAAAUCGGAGAAGUCCCGUCCAUCGAGAUCCCAGGAGUCCUCCUUGCCCGAAAGUAAACGAUUACGUUUGGACAAUGGCUGUAAUAACAAUUUAAACAAUACUCUCAACAAUCACUCUGAAAAUAGUACAAAAUGGCCGUAUUCUGGAGAUGCCAGUCUCAUUGAACCUGAAAUCCUAGAAGAUAUGGGCGUUAGCAUGUUGGAAGAUGGAGUAACCAAUUGUGAAAAUACAAAAAGACUACAAUCCGAAGAGUGUACGAUCUUAGCGGAGAAUUUAGCUAGUAAUAAUAGAUCAGUAAUAGAUGAUUCUGAUAUCUUCGGAUAUCAAGAAGAGGUUUAUACAAGUUCUAGUUUGGAAAUUGCGAUUUCAGACAGGAUUCAACAAGAUUCAUGUGAUACAGAUGAUUUAACUGGAUUUGGUAGUACAGAAAAUGAAUCUGGCUAUUCUUCAAAAAUGGAAGCUGAUUAUUUUGGAGAUUUAAAAGAGAGCUUUACCAAGGAAAAGAUUAACACUUCUGCCGAAAAAAAUGAGCAAUCUUGUUUGGAUCAAUUUUGCUUGUUUAGGAGAAAAAAAAGGCCUUCUGUUUAUGGCGAGGAUAAGUUUAACAAGUUAUCAGAUGAAAUAAUUUUGAUGAUAUUGAAAUGGUUACCUAAGAAAUGUUUGAUACGCUCCAUGCUGGUAUGCAAACGUUGGUGCCAAAUAGCUCAAGAUGAAGCAUUAUGGACUAGAUUAGAUAUGGGUAGUAAAGUUUUAAAUGAAGGCACAUUAGGACAUAUAUUGCCGCGAGGAGUUCAAAUUUUAAGACUGGCACAGGCGGAAAUUGCGGAUCCUGUCUUUUGUGAAGGCAGCCAAGUCCUUAGCGAUUCUUAUAUCACUAAAUUACAGUACUUGGAUUUAUCUAUGGCAGUAAUAUCACCAAUGGGUUUGGCUAUCUUAUUAUCCAAAUGUAAAUGUCUGAAAAAAUUAUCACUGGAAAAAUGUAUAAUAAAUAGAGAUUGCUGUAGAGCGAUUAGACAAAACACUGAAUUAGAAGUUUUGAAUUUAACAAUGUGCGAGAAUAUAAACAUCGGAUGUAUUAUGGAUUUAAUGGAACUUAAAUGCUUAACUGCCCUCAACAUAGCAUGGUGUUCUUUAGAUAACGAGUGUAUAACGUUACUUUGCAGAACAUUGCCAAGAUCCAUUACCCGCUUGAAUUUAGCGGGUUGUAGAAAGACAAUGACUGAUGAGAACGUAAAGGACUUGUUAAGAAGAUGUCCGGAUAUUAUAGAAUUAGACCUGAGUGAUUGCGCUAUGCUUACAAUGCAUACCGUCCAUAAUUUAUUAAACUUUUCGAAGCUCGAGCACUUAUCACUGAGCCGUUGUUACAGCAUCCCGCAAUCGGCAUAUAUAAGAUUAGCUACUAUGCCGUGUUUAUUAUAUUUAGAUGUUUUCGGCCUAAUGACGGAAUCAGUGCUUAAAUCAUUACAAGCUACUUGCCGUGAACCCGAAAUUAACAAGUACCUAUAUAGUUCAGUAGCGAGGCCAACAGUCGGUAUUCGAAGAACCAGUAUUUGGGGUCUUCGAGUUAGAGAUUAAAUUUAAUAUGUAGGCAAUUCAUCAAUUUACAAGAGAUUUCGAUAGA